AUGGCUUCACAGCAGGUGUCCGUGAAGAAGCAGCAAGAGCUUCAGGCCCAAUACAGCACCUACAAGGACACUCUUCAACAGGUAGCGCGUAAAAUUGGAGAUGUAGAACAGGAAGCAGAGGAGCACAAACUUGUUUUAGAGACAUUAGAACCUCUUCCUGGUGACCGCAAGUGCUUCCGUCUGAUCAACGGUGUACUUGUGGAAAGGACUGUCAAGGAUGUUGUCCCAGCGCUCAAGACCAAUGCUGAAGGCUUACGAAAGGUUCUCGAGGACCUGGUAAAACAGUACAAAGGCAAGGAGGAGGAGUUCGAGAAGUGGAAGAAAAAGAACAAUGUUCAGGUCGUGCAGUCCUAG